AUGGAUGAAGAGGAUUUCUAUGGAACAGGAGACCUUUUAGAGGAUCCCGAGGGUUACCUGCCUCCGACACCGCCGCCUACCAAGCAGACAUUCACACUUGGUAGUGGAAAGGAGCUUGUUCUUCAUCUAGUCGGCAGCAGCCCUACGGAGGCACACCACCUAUGGAAUGGCGCCAAGAUUAUAUCAGACUUCUUCGAGAAGGAUCCGAGCCGCGUCCGCGGUAAGACUGUGCUAGAGCUGGGUGCUGCAUCUGGGCUGCCGUCAUUGGUGGCCGGCCUUCUUGGCGCUAAGAGAGUCAUCAUGACCGAUUACCCGGAUCUGGACCUGAUACAGAAUAUGCAAAAGAACAUUGAUGAAUGCGAUGCUUCUUGCGAGACGCCUGGGCAUAUCGCCGAUACUGUUAAGGCACUUGGUUUCAUCUGGGGCCGAGACUCGGCUCCCCUGUUGGAGGCCUUGAAUGCGACGUCGGGGCCGGAAGCAACAUCACAAGCUGGCAGCGGCAACAAGUUUGACGUAUUGAUCCUGGCCGAUCUCCUCUUCCGCCACUCGGAACAUGGGGCACUGGUGAAAACCAUUAAGGAGACAAUGCGUGAAUCUCCAGACAGUGUAACCUAUGUCUUCUUCACGUCGUACCGACCCUGGAAGCGGGAGAAGGAUAUGGCCUUUUUUGAUGUUGCGCGCGAGGCUGGCCUCAAGGUUGACAACGUACAAGAAACAAAGCUUGACAAGCCGUUGUUUGACAACGACCCUGGAGACUUGGAUAUACAAAAGACUGUGAGCGGGUUCGAGGUGCGGUGGCCGUAA